AAGAAGAAGGAGGAGGAGGAGGAGAAAAGGCGACGACCAACCGUUGCGCACCGCAGUUUACACAAAGCCGCGAACUGCCAAAAGCUGCCUGCGGGCUUGUGUACUUAAUAUAAAUCACGUAGCAGUUCGGCUUUUAAUUUGACGUUUUUUAAAAAAAGCAUCACGUUGUCUUUGGGGAGCUCGAGUAUCCCGCUAGCGACGUUAGCUGGAAUACUUGCUAGCUAGUGUUAGCAAAGUAACUAGCGAAAACAGCUGGCACGUUUAUCGCCAUUUUGCGCUUUUCAACCGCACAGGAGCAAGGUGUUGCAUCGCUUAGCAUGGCGGAGGCAGACCGACCGGGGAAGCUCUUCAUCGGUGGACUGAACACCGAGACCACCGAGAAGGCCCUCGAGCAGUAUUUCAGCAAAUACGGCAGGAUUGUCGAAGUUAUUUUGAUGAAAGAUCGUGAAACCAACAAAUCGAGAGGCUUCGCCUUUGUUACUUUUGAAAGUCCUGCCGAUGCAAAGGAUGCAGCGCGAGAGAUGAAUGGAAAGUCUCUUGAUGGCAAGCCGAUCAAAGUGGAGCAGGCAACGAAGCCCCAGUUUGAGAGCGCCGGGAGACGAGGCCCUCCGCUAAUGCACUCCCGCAGUCGAGGUCCCCCCAGAGGACCCCGUGGUUCCAGGGGAGGUCCAGGUGGCAUGAGAGGCCCGCCAUCCAGAGACUACUAUGACUCAGACCCAGAACCCUUCUUUAAGGGGAUGUCAUCCAGGGGUCCCCCUCCGUUGAAGAGAGGCCCUCCGGUUCGUAAUGGAGGUCCCCCGCCCAAGAGGUCUGCCCCCUCUGGUCCCAUGAGCAGAACCCCCAUGUCACGGGACAGAGAUCCCUAUGGUCCACCCCCUCCUCGCAGGGACUCCAUGUCAAGGAGGGAUGAUUAUCCUUCACCCAGAGACGACCAUUACAACUCCAAAGAUGGCUACUCCAGUCGGGAUUAUAAUUCCAGAGACUCGAGGGACUACGGACCUCCCCAAAGAGAUUAUUCAUACAGAGAAUACUCCAACUCCAGUUCCCGCGAUGACUACGGCUCAAUGUCGAGGGGAUACAGUGACCGGGACAGUUAUGGUGGAGGCCGGGAACCCAGAAACUACGUGGACCGAUCGAGCGGUGGCUCUUACAGAGACUCGUAUGACGGUUACGGUAACUCUCGCAGCGCCCCACCUUCACGGGGCCCCCCACCAUCCUAUGGUGGGAGCGGUGGAAGCAGUCGUUACGAUGACUAUGGCAGCAGCUCCCGGGAUGGCUAUGGCAGUCGUGACAGUUUCCCCAGCAGUCGGAGUGACCCAUACCCACCUAGCCGUGGCGAGCGAAUGGGCAGGCAGGAGAGGGGCCCGGCUCCCCCUGUCGAGAGAGGCUACCCUCCUCGCGAUUCGUACAGCAGCUCAAGUCGCGGAGGGCCACGUGGCGGGCGAGGCGGCAAUCGGCCCGAUAGAGGGAUGGCUCGCAGCAGAUACUGAAACUGGACUUGGAAAAACACGUUCAAGCAAACCGUGGUCUCGGUGCACCGCUAACGAGUGUUGUGGAAGAGAUCUGACAACCAGACAAGUUAGCCAUGUCUAAAUCUGUGGAAAAAUGAAGCUUAGCUCUGACCUGUAUCCUAACUUUUCCAGUUUUUUUUAUGUGUAAAAGUAAUUAAUUUUUUUUUUUUUUUUAAGUAUUCCUCUUGGUCGUGUAACCGUACAGUUACCAAGUGAGUGUUAGUUUUUGUACAUUCAGUGCUGUUGGAAUCUGCAAUGCCCUUUCAGUCUGGCUUUCCUACUCUAAUAAAGCUUUUAGUUGUACCUUGACCACUGCUCGUCGAUUUUCCAAAGAGGACCAAAGACCGUGACAUGAAUGUAAAGUUCCAUCAUGACCUUGUUUACAUUGCUCUCUGCAGAGCAUAGGUGAGUCUCUGCCCAGGCUUUAAAGUUCGCGGACUUCAGUCCCUACCUAACCCCAAAUGUGCCAUCGACUGGACGGUACUGUUUGUCAAGGGUUAGGCAAAUGUUACUGUCGAAAUGUUCCAAUGUAGUUCCCUUGGAAAUGGAUCCGUCACCCUAGAGCCACUCGAUGGCACGACAAAACCAAAGGCAACAGCAACAACCAAAUGCAGCUCGACUGGUAGUCAACAGCUGGUAAGCAAAGCAAACCUCUUUGUUUCUCAUCUGUAAAAUGAGUUUCUUUGUCCUGUGUUGCAAUCUCCCCACAAAGGGUGGUACUCAAGACAACAAGACGCCUUGCAAGACCGAAAAAGGGUCACCUGAAUAUUUUUUUUUUUCAUUGUAGUCUGUUUCACCAGCUAACAUUGUCAAAAGUGCAGCAACAUCCCAAGAAGUUCCGUCCCUUUUCAGCAAUGAAAGUUUAACCACCAGUUUGCCCGCUGUGCCCUCACAAUGACCUUUUUUGACCAACCGUGGAGCUCAGUAAAAUUGUCACGUGCAUUUUUAAACUACUUAUUAAAGAUGACCCGGGUAUCCAUAAGGACUGCCCUGGUGAAACUUGAAAGCCAUUUUUUUUCUUUUAAAUUAAAAGCCAUUUUCUCGGUACCUUUUCCACGAGCAUGGGAAUCGAAACAACGGAGACUUCUGGAUGAACAACGACGUCCUAACCGGAAACUAUCGCAAACAAAGUGAACAUUCGCAGUCUGACCAAGGCCAAAAAAAAUGGAAUUACCAGAUGUUUUAUUAAUACAUGAUUAAGAGAAGGGCAACAUGUUAAUUGCGUGUUUUCGUUGCAGGAUGAGUACCCCCACCCGUCCAAGGCAACUGCUCUUGCAACUUAACCGAAUUCUCUCCUGGAGAUGUUGGACCAAUCAGACCUCCGUGCGCCGGUCCGGUGGCCCGGAAACUGGUUUCUGUCGAGCUGGUGGAAUCGGGGCUUCGAGUGGGAGCGCGUGUUGACAGUCGGACGGACGCAAGCCCAGGAAUCGCUCAGAUCAACGUGUUUGGUGUUUUUAAUAAAGACGUUAAAGAAC